UUGAAGUAGGGAAACCUUGGGGAUGGGGAGAGGAUUGGAAGUUUAGCCAGGGGCAGGGCUUUAAAAAAGUUGGAAGAUGGGUCUGGCGAUGACCAAGGGUUCGGUGAAAAUGAAAUGACCCCUAUCCUUAUCCCUCCCAUGAGAUCACACACAGAACAGCGGCGUGCGUCCCUUCGAAGACUUCAGCGCAUGCCCAGAGCGGCGGGUAUUGUCACGUGUGUUUGCCGCAGGGGUUGGUCCCGCCCCUCUGCCGGGUCGCAUUGGCUGGCGGCCCGGAAGGGGGCGGUGGUGGCUUUACAUCCAGGGGAUUUUCGUUGGCUCCGAGGCCACGGCGGAGAGGGUCUCUGUAGCCGCCCCCCCGGACGGGACCCGCCACCUCCCGUCACUGCAUCCCUGGCCCUCAGGAUGGACCCUCAUCCGUUGCCUACGGAUGGGUGGGGGUCGCCAAGCCCCGGCCCUCGGGAUGCUUGCCCCGACGGCGGCUCCGCUACUUGCAGCGCCACUCGGAUGGAGGUCCUAGAGGAGUUCGACAGCGAGUUCCCCCAGAACGUGACCUUCUGCCAGCUCAUCUCCGUGGAGGACUUCGAGAGGCAGGCGGCGACCUACACUGAGCGCGCGCUGCGCCGCCUCUUCCGCACUCUGGACCGCUCUCCGUGGCUGGCAGAGAGGGUGCUGCGGCAGAGAAAGCAGGCUGAGUGCGAGCAGCGCGGGCUCUUCUCCUUCCUCUGGGCGAAGAUUCUUUGCACUUUCCAGGGGCACCUGAACCUGUGCAACAGCAUGGGCCUGCAGGAGAUGCGCCAGCGCCUAGAACGGCUGAAGAGGAGUAUCCACCGCGUGCACCUGUAUGCCCGGGAUACCAAGAACAGAAGAAAAAAGAAGUCCAACCCGAAGAAAUCAGAACUCAUCCUCCUACAGGACCGGUCAACCUCUCCAUGCCUCCCGGCAACCCUGCCACCUCCAUCACUGCUACCACCUGUCACCACCAUGACCUCUGUGGUGGCCCCAUCACCCCCAGUCUACACUAUGCCCAGGGUCUUUGGCCCCUUCCCUUCACUCCCUAGCAAGCCGAUGGAGAAAUUGGACAUCUCAGGGUCUGAAGUGCAAUUAAACUGGAGUGGUCUGUCAUCAAACCCAAAGAGCCACAUGGUUGAUCUGACUCCCUUGGUCCUCAAUCCCGGAGGCUUCCAUUUCUCAUACUUGGCUAGAAACAGUCCACACAAGCUCCAUUGUCCCGGCUUCCCCUGUGCUGGGUACUGAACCAGUAAGUUUACUGUAGCCAAAGUGAAAUCUACGCAGAAAAACUCACCAGAUCUUGCCUAUUUUUAUCUCCAGAAAUAGCUACUGUUUGAAUAUUUCUGUCUCCAUGUAGGCUUCUCUCUGUGGAUAACUGUGUCUGUGCACAUGUUAUAGUCUGUUAUAUAACUGAGUUUGAGAGUGUCCUGUUAGUUUUUUAAGCAAUUCUAGCUUGUGAGUUUCCACCCUUGUCACUAAAAAUAUCUUCAUGAUCACCAAUAAGAAUAAAUGCAAAAUACAUAGAUGGAA